AACAAAAUAUCCUGCAGUCUGCACUGAGCCGGUUCAGACAGAAGCGGUCUGGAUUUUCCACCCGUCCGUCACCGUGGGUGUUGUAGUUAUUGGUAUCAGCUAGGGCACCACAAGACACAGAGAGAGAGUGGGGGGGAGAAUGCCGUUCACAAGCAAGAUAGAUAGACAAUCGGAUUACAGCGUUUUCCCUUCAAGUUGUCCGAUUGUGAUCGACAAUGGAAGUUGUUAUUUUCGAAUCGGAUGGGCAGGAGAGGAUGAUCCUCGCAUUAUCUUCCGCAAUAUCGUUCAGAGGCCGCGCCAUAAAAUCACCGGUGAAACUGUCACAAUCGUUGGUGACCAUGAUCCUUCGCUGAUGAAAUACUUCGAUUGCACACGCUCAGGACCUCGUUCUGCUUUUGAUGUCAAUGUUGUUUAUCAGUUUGAGACAAUGGAAUAUAUUCUUGACUUUGGGUUCGACAGGUUGGGUGCAAAUCAAUCACAGGAACAGAUUGAUCAUCCUGUCCUAAUUACAGAAUGUCCAAGCAACCCGGUUCAGUCUCGCAGUAAAAUGGCAGAACUUCUAUUUGAGUCUUACGGAGUUCCUUCAGUAGCGUUUGGAGUUGAUGCUGCAUUCAGCUACAAGUUUAAUCAGCAACUUGGUGUUUGUGAUAAAGAUGGUCUUGCUGUCUGCUCGGGAUUUACUACAAGUCAUGUUAUCCCAUUUGUCAAUGGAGAGCCUGUUUAUGAAGCAUGCUGCCGAACAAACGUUGGUGGAUACCAUGUCACUGAUUACUUGAAGCAGCUCCUUUCACUUAAAUAUCCUCAUCACAUGUCUAGGCUUACAUGGGAGAAGGUUGAAGACCUGAAAAUGGAACAUUGUUAUAUUGCACCUGAUUAUGCUGCAGAGGCUCAAUUAUUUCAGAAAGGGACUAAAGAAGCUAAAGAGAAGACCAGAAUUUGGCAGCUCCCAUGGAUGCCUGCACCCGUUGAGGAGCCACCGUCGGAGGAGGAGAUUGCUAGGAAAGCAGCCCUUAAGGAGAAACAAGGUCAGAGGUUGCGGGAAAUGGCUGAGGCAAAGAGAAUUUCUAGGAUUAAUGAGCUAGAAAAUGAAGUGAAGGGUUUGGAGUUUCUUCUGCAGCAGCUCAAGCAUGUUGAAGAGAGUGAUAUUCCAUCUUUCCUGUCUGAGACUGGAUAUGUCUCUAAGCAGGAAAUAGAAUCUGCUUUUGCGAAAGUAACUCAAUCCUUACGAAAGGCCAAGGGUGAACAAGUUGAGACUGAGGAGAAGACUGAACCUUCCACAGCUGAAAAGUAUUCUCUCAUUAAUAUUCCUGACAACAUGCUGACGCCGGAACAGCUCAAGGAAAAGAAGAGGCAGUUGUUUCUUAAAACCACCUCUGAGGGCCGGCAGCGUGCUAAGCAGAAACGCUUUGAAGAGGAAUUAGAGCGGGAAAGGCAAAACAAGCAAGAUGAAGAAAAACGACUAGAAAAUCCAGAGCUUUAUCGGGAGCAGUUGAGAGCUAAAUAUCAAGAGAUCUCUGAGAAAAUUGAGCAGCGAAAACGACUUAAGACAAACGGUGGCAAUACAAAUGGAAACCAUAAUGCAUCUGGAGGUGUUGGCCGUGGCGAGAGAUUAAAUGCUGCCCAGAAGGAAAGGAUGCGUCUCUUGACAACAGCAGCCUUUGAUCGAGGGAAAGGUGAGGAUACUUUUGGUAUCAGAGAUGAAGACUGGCAGCUGUACAAACUAAUGAGCAAAGAUAAUGACGACGAAGACGAGGGACCCGAUGAGGAUGAAACAGAAUUGGCUCGCAUCUCAUCUAGGCUUAAGGAAAUAGACCCAACAUUUGUUCCCAAGCUAGAAUCAGGGUCCUCUACCGCAGAAGCUCCACGGUUCCGUCCUCUAACUAAAGAAGAUUUCCAGAUCGUGCUCGGAGUAGAAAGAUUCCGAUGCCCGGAAAUCCUGUUUCAUCCCAACGUAAUAGGGGUAGACCAAGCAGGGCUGGAGGAGAUGGCUGGUGUUUCUAUCAGGAGAUUGCCAUCCAAGGCUGAAGGCUUGGGGGAGAGGAUAACAAAUUCGAUACUAAUGACUGGCGGGAGCUGUCUCUUCCCUGGCAUGACCGAGCGCCUGGAAGCAGGAAUCCGGAUGAUUCGACCAUGCGGCACGCCCAUCAAGGUCGUCAGAUCAUUAGAUCCAGUUCUCGAUGCAUGGCGGGGAGCGGCUACAUAUGCUGCGGCCGUGCAAUUUCAGCAACAAUUGUUCACAAAAAUGGACUAUUAUGAGAAGGGUGAGGACUGGCUGCGCGGAUAUCACAUGAGGUAUACCCUAUGAUCCUCGGGGUUGCUCUGCAGAAACAAUGGUUCACUUAUAAAAGGGUGGAAAGGGUUCGUUCUUUCACAUUUUAAUUAAACCAUUGAACUUGUUCAGCAGCAAGGCCCCUUCUCGAUCGUAUAUUAUCGGACUAUAAUUUAUGCAAUUCUUAGUAGUUUUGAAAGGUUACCCCUCAACAUAGAUAAACUUACAAGAAAUGAUGAUUUGGUAAAUGCAGUUGCUGAGUUUUUAGUUUCGGUUCCAA